UUGAGCUCCGGGCUCAGUGUGCAGGGGAGAGCCGCCGCCGCUGCUCGGCCCCACCGGUGGAUACGAGCCGAGAUGUCCCCCCUUUGAAAAGAAGAGGAAAAAAGCCCCACCUAAUAUCUUAAAAUCAAUCGAUACGAGCAUACGGACAUUAAAAGCCCGACGUCCCGGGUGAGCAGCCGGCCGCGUCCCGUCGCCGGCGUCUCUUUGUUCGGGUUCGCCGCCUCCUUCACCUCCCAACAUGGAUCAUUUAGAGAAGGAGCUCCGGGCGGAGGACGAGGCCGAGCACGACGACGAGGAAGUGGACCCCAGGGUCCAGGGAGAGCUGGAGAAACUCAACCAGUCCACCGACGACAUCAACAGAUGUGAGACGGAGCUCGAGGACGCGAGGCAGAAAUUCCGCUCGGUUCUGGUCGAGGCCACGGUGAAGCUGGACGAACUGGUGAAGAAGAUCGGCAAGGCUGUGGAGGAGUCCAAGCCCUACUGGGAGGCCCGCAAGUCGGCCAGACAGGUUUUAGGUUUUCUCUGGUUCCCGUGGGGAAUCGAACCGCCGAUGUCCCCGUUGGCGCCGAUGGAUUUGACCACCAGAAUCUCCGUUAAUCCCUACCCUCAUUCCUUUAUGUCAAACCUCCUUCACGCAGGAAACGCUGCUUCACAAGCGAAGAUAUAAAUGAUCGAGACUGUCUGUCUGACCACGUGAACGCAGAAGGUCGUGGGCGUACCGAGCCUCUCCAUCGAGGCGGCCCUCGGGGGAACUGAGAUGAGGAUGUGUGAUCGUUGUAGUUCCUUUUACCAGCCGGCCACAUUAUUUCUAUAUUUCUGUCUCCCCUCGACGUUUGCUUUCGCUUCUCAAGCUUCUAUCGGUUUAGCUCUAAAGCAGGUUCUUAUUAUGAGGUUUUGUUUCCUUUGUCCCUGGAAAGGUCCUUUAUCUGUUAGGGGGAAGUGCAGAGACAUGGUAAUCCAAAAUGAAAAAAGACAACGGAGGUCUCACAGGAGGAACAUUAUAAAUGCUGGAGAUCAGGUUGAGGCCGGGUUGGUGUUUUAGACAUCUGACCCCCCCCCACCCCACACACACUGACGGCACCAUCCCUUUCUGCAUGGCCCCACACACUCAUUUAACUUGACAUCCGUCUCACAAAUGUACUCCUUUUAAAGUUCAGGAGGGGAGUUAAACCGAUGACCCACUUUUGAGGAACAACGCAAGUGAAGUUUCCGUUGUGCCGGGACGCAUCCUCUUGGUUU